AAACCCCUCACUGGGUAGUUGGUUAUUAGCGAAACCUCUCUGAUAUUCUAUUCUACUCAUCUUUCAGCGGCGAGGGAAGCGUAGACCUUUUUCGUCUGUGCCGCCGUCAGCAGCGUUUUCUCAUCGGAGGUGAUGGCGUUGAAGUUGCAGCAGUUGCAAUCCAAGGCCUGUCAAGCAUCGAAGUUUUUGUCAAAGCAUGGAACUCCCUACUACAAGCAGUUGUUAGAGCAGAACAAGCAAUACAUUCAGGAGCCACCUACUGUGGAGAAAUGCAAUGAGUUGUCUAAGCAGUUGUUUUAUACUCGUCUUGCUAGUAUCCCUGGUCGAUAUGAGUCAUUCUGGAAGGAGCUUGAUUAUGUGAAGAAUUUAUCGAGGAAAUGGAAAGAUCUGAAUGUUGAAGACGCUGGCAUUGCUACUUUGUUUGGGCUGGAGUGCUUUGCCUGGUACUGCGCCGGUGAGAUUGUGGGAAGGGGAUUUACUUUCACUGGCUACUAUGUCUAAAGGUGAUUUCCUCAAAAUGUUUUGUGAGGAUGUGUAAGCUUCUGUCGUCAUUUGCGUGAUUAUAAUCGCAGCCACCCUUGGUGCUCAUUUCUUAUUUUCUAUGAAAUUUUUGUAGCUGAGGAAUCAGUGCUCAACUUUGAUAGCCUUAAUAAUUUUCACAUUCCAAAAUGGCUUAGGUUAACGAGCCUUGGUGUUGUCUCCAUCUUUACUAGAAAUAACUACAACCGAUAAUAAUAUGAUGCAAAUUGC